AUGGCUGAAGGAGAUUACAAUAUCCCAUCACAGAGUGGCUGUGACAAUCGAAUGCAGCAGCCAGAACAACAAGGUAGUGCAUUAGUCAAUGAAGAAGAAUUAGCAAGUAAAACACUUUAUAUUCAAUCAAAACGUUUUUAUCUGGAUGUUAAACAAAAUCGACGCGGUCGAUUUUUAAAAAUAGCUGAAGUUAGUUCCGGUGGUCGUAAAAGUCGUAUAUUAAUGUCAAUGAAUAUUGCAAGUGAAUUACGUGAUCAUUUACAAACAUUUGAUGCAUAUAUUCAUACAUUAGAUGAACAAUCUAAUAAUAAUGAAGAACUUCGAUCAGCUGUUAUAUUACGUGAUGAUCGAAAAUAUUAUCUUGAUUUAAAAGAAAAUGAACGUGGAAGAUUUUUACGUAUAUCAAUGGUUGGUAUAAAUACACCACGAACACAAAUUGCUAUACCAGCACAAGGUGUAGAAGAAUUUUCUAGUUUAUUAACAAGUUUAAUUGAAGAAUUUGGAAAUGAAGAUGAUCAUGGUAAAAAAAUUUUUAUUCCAAAUGAUGAAAUACAAAACUAUAGAUAGUUUAAUUAAGAAGAAUUUUCUAUGAAGUUCUG